GUAGUGGUAAAUUUGAGUACCACAGAGCGCAUUGUAUGCAUGUGUGCUCAUAACUACCAACGUAAGUCCUCGAAUGUGCUAGAAACGAAAAAGGCAAAGGCGCCUGCUAGCUUCACGGUAAACAACGUGGGGGCGCUGGUGCUUCCCUUCUGGAGCUUUCUCAAACCAGCACCGGUACGACAAAGCAUCUGCGAAUCAUUCUGAUUCACCAAUCAUCGUAUGCAUCGUAUAUACGCAAAACGGAGUCUCGCGAGAUAACCAGUGAUAUUUCAUUUUGCGAAUUAGACUGUUCACAUUGCUCGACAUUAUGGACAAGGUGUCAGCAUUGAAGGACAAAGGAAAUGCUGCAUUGCAGGAAGGGAAAUUUGAGGAUGCUAUAAAGUUUUAUACAGAAGCUAUUGCCUUGGAUGGUAAUAAUCAUGUUUUGUACAGCAAUAGAUCUGCAGCUUAUGCUAAAGCUGAAGAGUAUAAGCAAGCUUUGGAGGAUGCUGAGAAGACUAUAGAAUUGAAACCUGAUUGGGCUAAGGGAUAUUCACGUAAGGGCAGUGCCUUGGCAUAUCUUGGAAAGAUUGAUGAAUCUAUCAAGGCUUACGAAGCAGGUCUUCGCUUGGAUCCGAACAAUGCUCAAAUCCGAGAUAGUUUGGCUGAACUCAGAGCACAAAGAGGAAUGCCAAAUCCUUUUAACACUGCAGAUCUUUUUGUAAAACUCAGAAAUGAUCCAAGAACCAGAGCAUACCUUGAUGAUCCUGAAUACAUUAAACUCAUUCAAGAAUUAAGUACUAAUCCCAGAAGUUUAAGUAACAAAUUACAAGAUACAAGAGUCCUUACCACCCUCAGUGUGUUAUUAGGUUUUAAUUCAGGAGAUAUGGAUGAGCCGAUGGAUGUGGAUCCUCCCAAAGCACGGGAACCACCAAAGCCUAAGCCAGAACCGAAACCUGAAAAAAACGAGGAAGAGAACCUUCCACCAGAGAAGCGUGAAGCACUGAAAGAGAAGGUAUUAGGAAAUGAAGCAUACAAAAAGAAGAAUUUUGAAGUAGCACUUGAACAUUACAAUAAGGCAGUCGAGUUGGACCCCACGGAAAUAACGUUCCUGUUGAAUAUUGCCGCCGUGUAUUUCGAACAAAAAGAAUACGAAAAAUGUAUCGCGCAGUGUGAGAAAGCCAUUGAGAUUGGUCGGGAAAAUCGUGCAGACUUUAAAUUGAUUGCCAAAGCAUUUACAAGAAUUGGGCACGCUUACAAAAAGUUGGAGAAUUGGAAGCAAGCGAAGGUCUAUUACGAGAAAUCAAUGUCUGAACACAGAACGCCAGAAAUCAAAACAUUACUAUCUGACAUAGACAAAAUUAUUAAGGAAGAAGAAAGAAAAGCAUACGUUGAUCCUGUAAAGGCUGAAGAGGAAAAGGAAUUAGGAAAUCAGAAAUACAAAGACGGUGACUAUGCCGCAGCCGUUAAACAUUAUUCUGAAGCCAUUUUGAGAAAUCCAGACGAUCCAAAAUAUUACAGUAACAGAGCAGCAUGUUAUACAAAGCUUGCAGCAUUCGACUUAGGAUUAAAGGAUUGCGAAAAAUGUGUCGAGAUUGAUCCGAAGUUUAUCAAGGGUUGGAUAAGGAAGGGUAAGAUAUUGCAAGGGAUGCAGCAGCAGGGAAAGGCCCUUUCUGCAUAUCAAAAGGCACUUGAAUUGGAUCCAUCUAAUGCUGAAGCUCUGGAGGGUUAUCGUUCCUGUACCAUGGCUGUCAGUUCAAAUCCUGAAGAAGUGCGGAAGAGAGCCAUGGCAGACCCUGAAGUUCAAAGCAUACUGCGAGAUCCGGCGAUGAGACUGAUCUUGGAACAAAUGCAAAGCGAUCCAAAGGCCUUGCAAGACCAUCUAAAGAAUCCGGAUAUAGCGGCAAAACUUCAGAAACUCUUGGAAUCGGGGCUGAUAGCCAUUCAUUGAGUUGUGGGGUUUAUUCUCAUUCGACCUUUGUAUAGGCUUAGUGUAUAACAUUCUGUUGCCACUAAGUUCCUUAAUAUUAAGGACAGCUUUAAUUUUAGUUGGUAAUACAAUAAUUUUCAAAUAUUAUUGGCAUGCGAAAAUAUAAUUAGAAGAAUUGUUUUUACAUUUCCUCAUGAGUACUUUGUGUUGUUAUCGAAUACAUCAAAGAAUUCCAGUCAACGUUUGUCACUCUUUCCAGCAUAAUCGAGAACUUUCGCGAGCGCCGAGAAAAGUUUGGGUUUCGCCACUGCCGCUUUUAUUUCUCGAUUCCUUUACGGUUUCACAUAAUGAGAUGUUACAAUACUGUACUUUGCAGUUAUUGGUUUUAUAAUGUAAGGAUGCCCACUUUGCAAUU